CGCAGGAACUCGACUUCACGUUAAUUACGGAUCCGGCGCAUCCGACGAGAAUCGGCAACUCCACCACCAGGGACACGACCCCGGACCUGACGUUCGUCAGAAAUUCCGGGACGACGGACACCACGUGGAAAAACACGUCGACAGACCUGGGGAGCAACCACAUGAUCGUCGAAAUACACGUCCCGACGCCGGACAAGGCGCAGGGCAGUAAUCGCAAAUUCGAAUGGACCGACUGGGAAUAUUUUAGAAAAAAAACGAGACCAACAACAGCCUUCAGGAGAUGCGAUCACGGACAUCGAAGCGUGGACCCGCUCGUUGGUCGCGGACACCAAAGCGUCAACGAGGACCAUCGAAACCGAGGUCGAGACGGACAAAAUGGACAGCCGCCUGGCGCAUCUCAUCGAGGCGAAGAACUCGGUCCUGGCCAGAUGGAAGGGACAGAGACUCAAUCGGAGACUCAGGAAGAAAAUAGUGGAGAUCAACCGCAACAUCGAGGAACACUGCCGCACGCUCAACCGCCAGCAAUGGGACGAGUUAUGCAAUGCAGCGGACGGCCAACUACAUAACGGGAAAUCGUGGAACCUGCUCAGGUACCUGUUGGACGAAACGAAGACCAAGUCCCACCAGAGGGACUGUCUCGAACGUCUGUUGCACAAGGAGCUCGAGAAGCACGGCGAAGAUGCAGUAACCGCCCGGUUACGAGCAAAGUACCUGCCGCGCACUUCGACCGUACAACACGGCCCGUAUGAGGGGGAUCCGAACGAAGAAUUGGAUAAGGACUUUAGCGCAGAAGAGAUCAGGACGGCACUGCGCAACCUCCACAGCAGAUCGGCGCCGGGCCCCGACCGGGUGUCAAAUCGCGCCCUGAAGAAUCUCGACGACCGAUCUGUGGAACCG